AGGAAUCAGGUAGUCGAGGGCAUGCACGAUGUUAGCGUCAAGAUGAUCGCUUCUUUUAAGUCGCAGCUCGUAGAGAAAUGUUCCUAAACGAGCUUAUGUCUGAUGAUUUGUUUUGGAGAGUGCUCCAGCUUCCACUAACGCGGUAACGACGAAAAUUGGAUAGGAAACAAACGUGCUUGAAAUACAAAGUUGUUUUCAGUUAAGUUUUAGUGCCAAAAAAAUGGAAAUGACAACUGAUGAACAGAAACGUUGGAUGGUGGUUGGAAUUGCUAUGAUCAAAGUGAUUGCCCCAGUGCUGCGAGAUGUUGUUAACCAAGGAAUAACUGCACAUUACAAAUACUUUGACACAUCCUUACAUCCCUGUAAGCUUAAUGCACUGACCUAUGCUGACUUUCGGAGUAAACCCAGCCUCGAAAACUUGAAGUUUGAAAACAUCAACAACAACAGUCAAAUACCUAAGAAAGACAAGAAGAAAGACAAGAAGAAAUACAACUUCAAUGUUUUAUCUGAACUGGACCUGGCAAAAUUGUAUCUUCCUCAUUACCUUGCAACAUUCUCAGCAUUUGAUGAAUCUCUUGACUUGUGUGCCAUUCUCCGUCUGCUUGGAUAUAACAAUCCAAAACCCAUCUUUCCCUCACCAGACCCAAUGCUCCUUAUUCAUACAGCAGCAGAUGCUGUAAGAGAUAAUGUCAGAAACAAGUGGGCCCAUCCUAAUCUUAAUGACUGGACUGAAGCUUUCUUCAAAGACUGCUUUGCCAAAUUUGAGGAUUUAGUGAAGAGUGUUGACAUUGGUGCAAAAGAGCAGAAAAUACUAGAUCAGCUGCAUCAUUGGCAAACAAAAGGCUGUGAGGUAGUCAUGGGACAUGUCGUUGAUCAAGAACUUUUGAAAUUGGUGCAACAAACGCAGGCAUAUUUCCGUAAAGAAUUGGAGGAGCUUCAAUCAACUGUUGCCUCCAUCGGAGACAAGCAGCAAACAUUAGAAGCCACGGUAGAAAACCAAGGCCAGAGGAUUGAUAAGGUGGAAGCUAUUCAGGCCGAAAAUGCCGAGAAAAUGAAGGAGAACUACAAUUACUUAGCGGAAGUGAUCAAGAACUUUAUAGCAGCAUCUCCUCCAAAGAAGCAGUUUGAUUUGGAAUCUUUUCGCACCAAACUUGUAAAUCAUUAUAGAAGGACAGCAAAGGUGCAGACAUCUGUGUGGUCGAAGAAAGACAAAGUGUGUAUUGACGAGGUAUACACACGUCUGUCCAUGGUCAAAGGGGAAUGCAAUGCGGGGUGCGAAGUGGGAUGCGAGGGGAAGCACUCUGUUCCUGCAACUUCUUGGCAGCUAUUUAAUGAAUUGAAGAACGGUCGUGAAACGAAGAGGAUACUUGUCGAUGGCCAGGCUGGAAUUGGAAAGUCUACUUUUGUGACGAAGCUCUCUCUUGAUUGGAUUGAGUGUAUCAAGGAAACAAAUCCUUUAAAGAAAUUCAAACUGGUUCUGUUGAUCAAGCUCCGGGAAGUUUCUCACUGUAAGACGCUAGAAGAAGUAAUUCGCUCUUCUGACCUUCUUCCAGAGGAAGAGGAAGACGUUAUACCUGAUUUGCUUCACUACAUUACUGAGAAUCAGGAAGAGGUCUUGUUUGUCUUUGAUGGCUAUGAUGAAUAUGGCGUGCGGAAAGAUUCCGACGUUCUUAAGAUCUUCAUGGGACGAAAAUUUCGAGAUUGUUGUGUUCUGGUGACGACGCGGUCCUCCCAAGGGGAUGACCUUCGUGAAUUCGCUGAUGUACAGGCUGAGGUUACUGGGUUUAGUUUGGAAGACAUCAAACGAUACUUAAACAAACAACUCGGAGAAAAAGAGGCAGAGGCGCUACUACAUCACCUUGAGAAACAAAGGUUGAUUGAUAUUGCGAAAAUCCCCCUACUGUGCCUGUUUUUCAGUAUUCUAUGGAAGAAUACUGAAAAGAAGAUGAGAGAAAAGUUAACAACAAAGAAUCGGACGAUGGUAUUCUUGGAGAUUAUCCAGUACGUUUUGGACUAUGGUUAUGGAAAGGGUGCUUUGGACCAGCCCAGAACUGUUGAGGGUAGUAAGGACAUCCUUGCUGAUCUUGGUGAGGUAGCUUUGGAAGGUCUGUUGUCUGAUGAUCUUAUUUUUGAGUAUGGCAAAGUGAAGCAAAUAAAGGGCUGCGAAGGCAUCAUUAACGGUUUCCUGCAAAUCACCGAGGAUACCGAGAACAUUCGGCCUUCCAAAAGAGUGUCCUUCAUUCACAAAACAAUUCAAGAAUUUUUAGCUGCCUGGUUCGUUGUGCACAAAUUGGUCCCUGAACGUAAUCUUGGACGACUGCAAGAGCAAGCUAGGGACAGCGAGAGCUGUCUUCGUCUUGAAAAUGUCUUUCUUUUUAUCAGUGGAUUGUCUCAUGAUGGAGGUGGAGCUGGAGCCAGAGCCGGAGCCGAGUUGGUUUUACGACACUUAACAAAGGUCAACCGGGAAGACAGGAACCUUCGGUUUAUGCAGACAGUCGUUUUGCCGGGCCAAAGAGAAAAAACAUGCUAUGAUCUCACUUACCGUCAACAAAGAUUUCACGACUUGGUGUUUGCGUCAUUUGAUGAAGCACAAUUGAAAGAAGGGCUUUUACGACAUUGCCUCUCAAGCACAGAUGGAGUGAUGUUACUCUCCCAAAGACUUGUGAAGAACCUUUUAGAGUGCAAGGAUGAUAUUAUUGAAAUGGAUCAAGCAACUGUUAUUUUCAAGAUGCUUAAACAUGACCUUUCGUUCUCCCUCGAAGAGAAUUUGAGGAAGUUCUUUGAUGGUUUCGACUUGGUAGUAAAGGUAACAGAAUGUUCUCAGGCCCUCCAACUGGGGGACUUUUACAGGAACUUCUUGAACUGUGGUGUUCGCUGCAUGUGCAAUUUUAGUGCAGUCCUUUUGUCAAAUAAAGGAAGUCUCUCGUUUUACAUUACUGACCUUCGUUUGGCUUGUCUGCUUCAUGAACUUAUGUUUACAGGACAUACUACUGACGGCCACCCUUUUCUCGAAUAUAUUGCCAAGGAUGUCAGUUUCAUCAAUCAAAACCACGAAUUGCAAAAAGGUCUUCGACUUGAGCAUUUAGUACCGCUUGAAUUUCCCUUUAAAGGACCAUGUGAAGCCAGAUCUCUUCUUAACCCGCAGAACCCUUCGUCGGACGAGCAUUUGCUCAAGCACCUUCAAUCCUUGGAAUGUGUCUCUACUUCAAUCAGUGAGAUCCUCAGUACACUUGGUGUCAUUGCUGGGAAAUCAAAGUAUUUUAAUUCUGUAAAACUAGAACUUGCAAAAGGUGGUGAAUUUUGUGAUUUUCUAGAGCCUGUCAAGAAGUUAAAGGACUGUUCACUUCAAUUGUCCAGUCGCUCCUUGGAUACCUGUACGUCAGCUGGAAUGAAACGACUCUCAAACUUAUUACCAAAUUUCAACAACCUCUCGGUUCUACACCUCAACCUGAAAGAUUGCUCUGAGAUCCUUGUCAAUGAGUUGGUCGACGUUAUCACGCACCCGACGGUCAAAAUACUUCAAUUGAAUAAGGUGGAUUUGGUCGAAAAUACCGCCAUUGUUCUUGGUGGCUCUGUGCGUAGGAUGUCAGCUCUGCAGGUUCUUGUAAUAGAGGGAAAGAUGAACGAGUUAGGAUUGAGAGGGAUGCAAGCUUUAUUUGGGGGAUUUUCGCGAGUAAUUCCUUUAAGAGUACUUGAGCUCAGCUGUUUUCGUGUCUUCAAGAAUGGUCUCAGCUUUCUCCGAAAUAGCUUCCAGUUCUUCCCCCGAAUGGAUGAACUUCGGCUUGUCAAUCUAGAGCUUGAUGAAAGAGAUGUCGGUAAUCUCCUCAGUGGCGUCAACUUUCCAGAAUUACACAAACUGAUUUUAUCAAAAAAUCGGCUCGGCCAUGGGAUUACCUCUAUUGUGAGUCAUAUUGUGCGUUUUCCGAAGGUAUUUCAACUCGUCCUGGAAGAAGUAAACUGUUCCGAAGAAGACAAGAAGUUCGUAAUUGAGAACGUCAGAAAGGUUCGGCCAUUGUUUGGUAUUUACCCACUAUCGCCUGACACAAUUGAAUUUUUGUUUAAGCAAGAAGAAAGAGGUGACAGUUACUGA